UGUUGUCGUCAUAUAUCGGUGCCGUCUUUGUUGGUGUCAUCGCGUUGGGUAUUUCGCUUUUCCGGUGUUUUCGCCGUCGUAUAUUGAUGCCUUAUCCUUGCAGGUACCUGAGUAACGGUUAUCUUGACGUUAGUAAGUGGGCGGCAGGAUUAACGGUUGAAAUUAGGGCAAGAUUAGAGUAG